AUGGCGUCGGGCCGUGGAGCUUCUUCUCGCUGGUUCUUUACUCGGGAGCAGCUGGAGAACACGCCGAGCCGCCGCUGCGGAGUGGAGGCAGACAUAGAGCUCUCGUACCGCCAGCAGGCGGCCAACCUUAUCCAGGAGAUGGGGCAGCGUCUCAAUGUCUCCCAGCUGACGAUAAACACCGCGAUUGUUUAUAUGCACAGGUUUUAUAUGUACCAUUCCUUCACCAAGUUCAAUAAAAACAUAAUAUCACCUACUGCAUUAUUUUUGGCUGCAAAAGUGGAAGAACAGGCUCGAAAACUUGAACAUGUUAUCAAAGUAGCACAUGCUUGUCUUCAUCCCCUAGAGCCACUGCUGGAUACUAAGUGUGAUGCUUACCUUCAACAAACUCAAGAACUGGUUUUACUAGAAACCAUAAUGCUACAAACCCUAGGUUUUGAGAUCACCAUUGAGCACCCACACACAGAUGUGGUGAAAUGUACCCAGCUAGUAAGAGCAAGCAAGGAUUUGGCACAGACAUCCUAUUUCAUGGCUACCAACAGUCUACAUCUUACCACCUUCUGUCUUCAGUACAAACCAACAGUGAUAGCAUGUGUAUGCAUUCAUUUGGCUUGCAAAUGGUCCAAUUGGGAGAUUCCUGUGUCAACUGAUGGAAAACAUUGGUGGGAAUAUGUGGAUCCUACAGUUACUUUAGAAUUAUUAGAUGAGUUAACACAUGAAUUUCUACAGAUACUGGAGAAAACGCCUAGUAGGUUGAAGAAGAUUCGAAACUGGAGGGCUGAUCAGGCGGCUAAGAAACCAAAAGUAGAUAGACAAGUAUCAGAAACGCCGCUUCUUGGUUCAUCUUUGGUCCAGAAUUCCAUUUUAGUAGAUAGUGUUGCUGGUGUGCCUGCAAACCCAAGUUUUCAGAAACCCUCUACAUCGGCAUUCCCUGCACCAGUACCUCUGAAUUCAGGAAAUAUUUCUGUGCAAGACAGCCAUACGUCUGAUAAUUUGUCAGUGCUAGCAACAGGAAUGCCAGGUACCUCAUACAGUUUGUCGUCACACCAAGAAUGGCCUCAACAUCAAGAAUCCGCAAGGACCGAGCAGAUAUAUUCACAGAAACAGGAGGCAUCUCUGUCUGGUAGCCAGUACAACAUCAACUUCCAGCAGGGACCUUCUCUCUCACUGCAUUCAGGAUUGCAUCACAGACCUGACAAAAUUUCUGAUCAUUCUUCUAUUAAGCAAGAAUAUACUCAUAAAGCAGGGAGCAGUAAGCACCAUGGACCAAUAUCUGCUACUCCAGGAGUUAUUCCUCAGAAGAUGUCUUUAGAUAAAUACAGAGAAAAACGUAAGCUAGAAACCCUUGAUCUGGAUGUCAGGGAUCAUUACAUAGCUGCCCAGGCAGAACAGCAACACAAACACAUGCAGUCACAGGCAUCCAGCAGCAGCUCUGUAACUUCUCCCAUUAAAAUGAAAAUUCCUAUCACAAAUGCAGAAAAGCCUGAAAAAUACAUGGCAGAUAAGAAGGAAAAAAGUGGAUCGCUGAAACUACGGAUCCCAUUACCACCCACUGAUAAAAGUGCCAGUAAAGAAGAAUUGAAAAUGAAGAUAAAAGUUUCUUCAGAAAGGCACAGCUCUUCUGAUGAAAGCAGUGGGAAGAGCAAACAUUCCAGCCCACAUAUUAGCAGAGACCAUAAAGAUAAGCACAAGGAACAUCCCUCCAACCGCCACCACCCCAGCAGUCACAAGCAUUCCCACUCACACAGUGGCAGCAGUGGUGGCAGCAAACACAGUGCUGAUGGAAUACCACCCACUGUUCUGAGGAGUCCUGUUGGCCUGAGCAGUGAUGGCAUUUCCUCUAGUUCCAGCUCUUCAAGGAAGAAGCUGCAUGUCAAUGAUGCAUCUCACAACCAUCACGCCAAAAUGAGCAAAAGUUCCAAAAGUUCAGGUGGGCUACGGACAUCUCAGCACCCUCGUGAAACUGGACAAGAAGCCAGUGGAGACCAACGGUCCUGA